AUGAGGAGGAGAAGAAAUCACAGAGUGGAUAUCCUUAACCAAGUCCAAGAAGAGAUCAGUAAACUUGGGAAUCAACAAGAGGAAGAUGAUACUCUCUGGAAACACGCUGAAGGAAAAUAUAUAAAUAAGUUCUCAACAAGCAAAACCUGGGAUCAGAUUCGGGAUAUUCAACAGGUCUGUGCUUGGAGCAAAUACUCAGAGAAUGUUUGGAGAAAUCUGGUAGAAGGCCUUAUGCAAGACACAUUCACUACUGAUUGGAGUACUCUGGUAAGGAUUGUCUCGAAGCCAUGGCUAACACCUAUAAAGACUUUCCUUCCCAGAUACACUCUACAGGCUGCUAUGCACACAAUUUGGUGGGAGAGGAAUGCGCGAAGGCAUGGCGAAGAGCCAAGAGACAUGGCUAAUCUGAUACAGCUUAUAGAUAAAAAUGUUAGGCUGAAGCUGCUUGCAGUAAGAGGGAAGGGGAGACACUUUGAAAAAGGGUUGAUUACUUCGUUUGGGACAAGACUAAGCUCAUGA